CCUCGGGGCGGACUGCACUGGGUGUAGCUGAUAGAGCAGCAGAAAGAGGGCUUGUCCUGGGGACUGCAGCUGGAAAGCCUGCGUUAGGUUGUAGCUGCCAACAGGUCUAAGCUACACAAAAUGCGUGAAAUUGUGCAUCUUCAGAUUGGCCAGUGUGGGAACCAAAUUGGAGCUAAGUUCUGGGAGGUGAUAAGUGAUGAACAUGGGAUCGACAUCGCUGGAAACUACCGUGGGGAUGCAUCACUGCAGCUUGAGCGAAUUAACGUGUACUUCAAUGAGGCUUACUCCCAUAAAUAUGUGCCCCGUUCUAUCUUGGUGGAUCUGGAACCUGGUACGAUGGACAGUGUACGGUCCAGCAAAAUAGGCCCGCUCUUUCGACCUGACAAUUUUAUUCAUGGUAAUUCAGGUGCUGGAAACAACUGGGCUAAGGGCCAUUACACAGAAGGCGCUGAACUGAUUGAAAACGUCAUGGAUGUGGUCAGGAAUGAGUGUGAGAGCUGUGACUGCCUUCAGGGGUUCCAGCUCAUCCAUUCACUUGGUGGUGGCACAGGCUCAGGUAUGGGCACGCUCCUCAUCAACAAAAUCAGAGAAGAAUAUCCUGACAGGAUUAUGAACACUUUCAGUGUUGUGCCUUCACCCAAAGUAUCCGACACCGUCGUAGAGCCGUAUAAUGCCAUCCUCUCCAUCCAUCAACUAAUAGAGAAUACAGAUGAAACCUUUUGCAUUGACAAUGAAGCACUAUACGAUAUAUGUUUCAGAACUUUAAAGCUCACCAAUCCCACCUACGGUGACCUCAACCACCUAGUGUCCCUAACGAUGAGCGGUGUCACAACCUCACUCCGUUUUCCUGGUCAGCUGAAUGCAGAUCUGAGGAAGCUGGCUGUUAACAUGGUGCCCUUUCCUCGCCUGCAUUUCUUUAUGCCAGGCUUUGCUCCACUGACAGCUCGAGGUAGCCAGCAGUACAGAGCCCUCUCAGUGCCGGAGCUUACUCAACAAAUGUUUGAUGCACGCAACAUGAUGGCAGCCUGUGACCCUCGUCGUGGCCGUUACUUGACCGUGGCGUGCAUCUUCAGAGGCCGAAUGUCUACCAGAGAAGUGGAUGAGCAGUUGCUGGCUGUCCAGACCAAGAAUAGUUCCUACUUUGUGGAGUGGAUCCCUAAUAAUGUCAAGGUGGCUGUGUGUGACAUACCUCCACGAGGACUGAAGAUGGCAGCUACCUUUAUUGGCAAUAACACAGCCAUUCAGGAGCUCUUCAUCAGGGUUUCUGAGCAGUUCUCAGCUAUGUUCAGAAGAAAAGCAUUUCUCCAUUGGUAUACUGGUGAAGGUAUGGAUGAGAUGGAGUUUUCUGAAGCAGAAGGUAACACCAAUGACCUCGUGUCCGAGUACCAGCAGUACCAGGAUGCCACUGCAGAUGUUGAGGAAUAUGAAGAGGUAGGAGCGGGAGCCAGCCCAGAGAAAGAAGGACUGUAAAAACAUUGUUACUGUCAAAACAUUCUCCAGAUAAGUCUGUUGACAUCCAAUAUUAUACCAAUAACAGCCAAUACAGCCAAUAUGACAACACAAUGCUUUUGAGAUUAAUGGCAGCUAUGUUUUACGCUCCUAAACAUCUGUUGACACUGAAUCUCUCUCAAAAAUGAGCCACUGUGAAGACAAGGUGUCUCAUAACAGCCUUUCUGUAAAUAUAUUCACUUUUAGAAUAUUAUCACCAGACACUGAAUGUAAUACACAGCCUCUGUGUAUGUAUGUAUCGGGAUUAUAAGGCAGUAUCUAUUUUAUUACACACUCCACAAACUGAGCUAGAUCCACAGACAAAUUCAGUUCCUUAAGUUGCAGGGGGAGCGGAAACAGCAUGGGACAAAAGACUGAAUAUGUACAUUCUUACUGUUUAUUUUGUGUUUUUUUUAAAGUACUUUAAUAGUUUUCUAACACUGCUGGCUUAUAUUAUUGCAGAGCUUGUAUUCAUUAUCAGUGUGUGGUUUGUUUCGAUUUGAAACUAUAGGUUGAGUUAUAUUAACAUACAUAGUUGUGACCACUG